AUGGGACAGGAAAUGAGUUUUGACAGUACAUUACUGGGCGCUGGAGAAGCUCUCGGGGAUUACGUUGAGUGCAGUGGACGACGAGAAAGGGAUAAUGGAUUUACUAAUUCAUCAGGAGGAAACAACGAUGCGAUUACCAAGAUGAUUAAUCCCGGCGAUAGGAUCAACAUUCCGUGCUCUGUAGGCCUAACACCCAGUGUUUCGGUGCAAUGGCAUCAAAAUGGGAAACCAAUUCAGUUGGACUUCAGCCCAACACAGAGGAGGCACUGGAACAUCACGAACGACGGCGCGACAGGACUGACCAUCAAUCGGGUCACCAAAAUAGAUGAGGGGGUGUGGGAGUGCUGGGCACUCAACAGCCAGGGAAGUGUCACACAUAAGGACACUGUCAUGAGAUUAGUUGUCACCAAUAUACCCGAAGAGCCGUACAUAGAGUUUGAGGGCAAACGACUGCCAAACCACUCGACGCUAACCAUACGGGAGAAUACAGUAGUGAACGUGAAUUGUGUGGUGAGAGGGGCGUCGCCGCCGGUGCGGCACAUGUUCUGGUAUCUGCAGCACCAGAACAUCACCGAAGAGAGCAAAUUGCUGAUGGAGUACUCGGCCGAAGAGGACAUCUCGAUGGCCAUCAGCCUAUUGACGAUUAACGCCACGCAAGACUAUCAUAAGAAAGUGAUCAUAUGUCAGGUGUAUCACGUGUCGUGGCUUAAUCCGGUCACUGCCAGUGCCUCUUUCGACAUACAAUUUUCAUGUGUUGUCGUAUUCAUUAACGCAUACUUCAUAAACACAGAUAACGUGCCCGCGUUCUCCAUAACACGCGACCCGGGCUUUGGGUACCCAAUACUGGAGGGAAUGCCCCUAUCAUUGAAGUGCGAUAUCGAAGCCAAUCCGUUGAGUGCCGCCAAAUGGCACAGGGAUUCAGAGCCGAGUCAUUCAAACGCUAGUCUUCCGCAGAUAGAGACCCAAAGCGACGGUACGCUGUAUUUCGCGCACAUAUCAAAGGCGGACACGGGUUGGUAUAAGUGCACGACUGAACACCCCUUCGGACACUUCUCGUCGUUUGGAUACUAUCUUAAUGUUCAGAGGGGAGACAACCCUCACGACCCGCUUAUAUCUGAAACAGUAUAUAAACUCUUAUCGCAAUUUGAAGCGCCCGAACUGCACGACUUGGACCACAUAUUACGGUCACCAUUAGCUCCACCGCCGCUGAGCGCCGACGGGAUCGGCGGUCCGGACGGCCAUAAGGACAGUGAACCCAACGAAGCGGCUCUCAUGAAGGCCUACGAGGCGUCCAAAGAGUCGUCGCCAUACGAGUCCGCGUCAAAUGUGAUGCAAUCGUCGGCCGGUAAUCAGAGGUACGGCGAGAGAAAUAGUCCGCAACCCAUACAACAGCGCAAGGAAUGCGCCGGAAAUCAUAUCAAUACCGGCGAACCGGUGAUCGAUACCAUCAAUCGUACGGUGAGAGCGCUGGUGGGCAGUCAGAUAGCGGUGUCCGCCCGGUUCUGCUGUCAGCCCCGACCCAAAAAGGUUUACUGGAUUCACCGGCACUUAGCUCUGAUGCCUCAGCGCACUAUUGGCCCCUAUAUUACGCGGGAAUUAAUCAUGACAAGUGAUUCAAUGAAUUGCUUUACGUCAACGUUUGAGAUAACGUCCGUAAAGCCGGAGGAUUCCGGGGAUAUACUGUUCAUCGUUAUGAACCCGAAGGGUGUGGACAACGCUAUGGUGUCGGUGAACGUGACGGUCGCCUCUUUCUCAGUAUCUUUCGUCGACAUUGUUUGCCAUGAAUGGAAAGACACAACACUUUGUAUUAUUAACGUUAAUGACGAUAACAUCGUUGAUGUGGCAAACGUUAAUGUGUGCGCCUAUUAUGGCCACAACGAUAGGGCACAGACAGCACAGACGGCCACCGCUAAUGAAUGCAAUCGCCAGGAGCUGACGAUGGCAUCGGACGGACGAGUAGUGUUUGUUAAAUGGGAUAAAUGAUUGUGAAGUGUGAUCGGGGAAGGGAUGGGAGGGAUAGACAGUGAGAGACAGAAAGUAAUUCAAUGAAAUAUAUAUAAUAUAUAACGAAGAGUGAGAAGAAUGAAAUGGCAAAUGAAGCGAAGCAUUAAUACAUUGAUAUGUGAUUGUAAUUCAGAGUCAAAAUAAAGAGGACAAGAGAUGUGAGAGAGAGAACAGAGAGGAAUGCCAUCGAAAUAAUGGAUUCAAACAAUUUCUCUGACAAUUGUUGUGAUGUAUUGAUCAGCAAAAAGUCUUUCGACACAAACAGACAAUAAAAUAUAUAUAAAGUAUUCUUUUGGCUGUCAAUAGACUGCGAGAAUAAUGAGAAGAAUAGCAUAAAAACAAAUACAAAAUUUUUGUUUCUUUGCUUUUUUAUUCUCU